UCUCAAACAUGGGCUUAUUUUGGGCCUUUGUAUAUCUUUGUUGGCCCAUGUUUCAUUUCAUACAAAAAUGCUGAUCACACAACCACCGUCCACCACCCAAAAUUUUCCGACUGUGACGGCGGAUGGCGGAGGAGAAAAAGGGGAAUCACAAAUGGCGGGAAACAACGAAGAUUCCUUUCAAUGGGAUGAACACUCACAGUUGUAUUAUCAUGCAAGUAGUGGAUUUUAUCACGAUCCAGCUGCAGGCUGGUAUUAUAGCAGCAAAGACGGUCUGUAUUACAAAUUUGAAAAUGGCAGUUACGUGCCAUGGGAAACCGACCAAGUUGAUCCAUCCAAUGCUAAUCAGAGCAUAAUUACUGCCGAUGAUAAUUCUGCUCAUUAUGAGUCUUACAAGCAUGAACCUUGCAAUAAGGUUACAGAUGAAGUUAAGUUCGAGGACGGUGACACCGAGUGCUUAACCAAUGACGUGCCUGAAAAUCUACCACCGCCUUCUGAAUGGCUAGAAGACACUCUUAUUGAACUUUAUCUGUCGGGUUAUUCCACCCAAACAACAGAUGGUGCGGAUGACACUUGUUUAUCUAUUCCAACAGAAGGUGUAGAGAACGAUAAGGCUGAUGAACUGGAAGAGGGAGAAUGGGUCCCAGAUGAGACUCAUGAAGUCGUCGAUGAAUGCGGAGUUGCUGCAGAUGAAGAUGCUUUUGAGGAAGAAGAAAUGUGGCGUGCACAAUAUGGUCAGCCAGUCCGUUUAGACAAAGAACUUGUACCUGAUUACCCAGUUGUUGACUUGUGGGAUUGGUCAAUGGUAAAAGAAACCAAAAGGAUCAGAAAACGUCGUAUACGAAGAUUGGUGGGCCGAUUAGUGAAACGGGACACUAAACUCCACCCCUCAAUGCCUUCAAGUGGUCGGGUAUUGAAAACCGCACCAAUAUGUGAAGUGCAUCUUGAUCUUGUUAGGGUUAGAUCAGGUCGGGUGUACAAAUUAAGGACUCCAAAAGUUUCUUAUUUAGCUUCCUUGUCGUCUUAUGAUUCCUCAAACCCGACAAAAGAUUGGGGCUUUCCAGAGCUAUCAAUGGUCAACGAAAGUCAAACACUAGUCAAGUCAAGGCAGCAUAUUGAACCCAAAUGCAUAGGAGUUCACGUUGAAGAAGAUGGACCAGAAAAGGAACUUUCUUUAUCCGAAAAGCAUAAGGGUAAUGUAUACAGAGACAGAGCUGCAGAGAGAAGAACUCUGCAUGGCGGUUUUGGUGUGGGCCCCGGACAAAAGAAAUCAGCAGAUGAUGUUGAUCCAGCAUGUUCAUCCCCUGUUUCCGCUACUCCUGAAGAAGCUGCAUCCGAAGCUUUGAAAAUGUCGUUUGGAGACGGGAGUUAUGCCAGAAGAAUUCUAGAAAAAAUGGGCUGGAAAGAAGGAGAGGCACUCGGAAGCAGCAUGAAGGGUAUAACUGAGCCAUUACAGGCAGUUGGAAACAAAGGAAGUUCGGGUUUGGGAUGGAAUCAGAACUCCGAUUGGAAUCGCGUUUGAUGUCAGUCAAAACUCUUAUUGGGUCACCACAAAGUGAGUGUUAAAAAAUGUCCAUUGUCUAGUGUAUACAUGACAAAAUUUUAAAUAGGUUUACGGAUUCCCUAACUGAAUUGAGAUUAGUUGUCCAAAAGGUACAUCUUUUUAGUCAAUGAUAUGAAUUAUGGACACUGAAGUUAAAUCCCCUCGCAUGUCUUGUAUACGAGGGUAUAGCUGUUUUCGUCAUAAAUUUUUAAUAUUACAAAACACAAAAUUCCGCCUCA